AGUAGUGCUUAUUCAAUAUAAUAUUUGAGUAGUCUUCUUUUAUUAUAGCAUAUUUUUAAUUACAUUGAUGCACAAUGUCAGGUUGCCUUUACAGUGUUGAUUUAUAACUUGUCUUCAUUUUAAUUCGGGUGUAUCUAUUAUGUUGAUUGCGUGUAAAUGUUGGAAUGUUAUAUUAUUGAUUAAAAGAACAACAUCGGCUAACUUUUAGGAUCAAAGGGAGAUUUUGGUCCAGAGGACCGCCAUGCAGCAGAUGGCGCACGCGUGUGCGCAGAUACAUUUUUGCUUGAGGACGAAGAUCCAUUCGCCAUUUUUGUUAACGCAGAUUCGACAGAAACAUCGCAGAACUAAUUUAAGUAUAAUGAAUUCGUAUAAAUUGAGAUCUAGAUAUAAAAACAGAACAGAAUCGUUAUCAGUGAGAUCUUACUGAUUAUUCAUUUAAAUAAGAAUGGACCCAGUGCAUGAAGAAAGUGCUUCGGUCUUCAUGUGCAAAAUAUGCAACCUGUUUUCUCCCAGUAAAUCACUGCUGCUUUCUCAUGUUACUGAGACUCACACUAGUGAAGGAGGUGACCCUGAUCAUUUUAUUUUAGCACUGAAGCCUUUAACAACACAGCAACCACAGAGCUCAGAUGUUAUCAUAAAAAGAAAACGCGGAAGACCAAAAGGAUCCACAAAGAAAGUCCGAUCAGAAGAGGUUACCUUACAGAAAUCUUCUGAUCAGCAGGAGUCCACUAAUGUUCAGUCAGUGACUGUAGUUGAGGAACCGAGUGAGGACUGUGGCACUGAUCUGGAGUGCAAGAAAUGUAAUCGCAAGUUCAGCAACAAGCGGCAAAUUUCCAAACACAUUUGCUUUGUAGGACUCAAAGAGGCUGCUGAUGAGGAAGAGAACAAUGGAGAUAAUUCUGAUGGAAAUAAACUGGACGACGGAGAGGAAGACAGAGAGCGGACUCCAAAGAAAGCUCGAGCAAUGCGGACGGAUAAGAUGGUCAAUGCAAAGGUCCCCGAGUCAACAAAUGGGAGCAAAAACCCCAUUGUUAGUGUUGUCCUUACCAGUCAUGAGGCCAUUCCAGGUGCUUCUAAGAUCGUUCCUAUUGAAGCAGCCCCAGCUGAGCCAUCCACCCAGACUGACACACCUGCGGGUUCCCAGGAGGAGGCAUUGAAGAGGGGUUACCAGGAAUAUGCCAUUCAGCAAGCUGCUUUUGAAGUGCCUCUCAAAUCCAACAGGCUAGGACAAACCCAUCUUAAAAUCUUCACCUGUGAAUACUGCAAUAAAGUCUUCAAAUUCAAACAUUCGCUGCAGGCCCACCUAAGAACCCACACCAAUGAGAAACCCUUCAAAUGCAUGCAGUGUGACUACGCCAGCGCUAUUAAAGCUAAUCUUAGUGUGCAUAUGCGAAAGCACACUGGGGAGAAAUUCAGCUGUGAGCUGUGCUCAUUUCAAUGCCUCAGUAAAGGACACCUCAAAGUGCACGUGGAGCGAGUGCACAAGAAAAUAAAGCAGUACUGCCGUUUCUGCAAGAAGAAAUACUCUGAUGUCAAGAACCUCCUCAAACACAUCUGUGAGAGUCACGACAUGACUGAUGAGAAAGUAAAAGAGUCUUAUGAUGAGUACUGCCUCCAGACUAGGGCGGGCAAGAGACAGCUUCUUUACAACUGUCAGAUCUGCGACCGCAAGUUCAAGAACGAGCUUGAGCGCGAUCGUCACAUGAUGGUCCACGGCAACAAGAGACCCUUUGGCUGUGAGCUGUGCGAUCACGGAUCGACCAAGUUUCAGGCCCUGCAGGCCCACAUCCGAAAGCACCCCUUCAUUUACGUGUGUGCCAUUUGCCAGCAGAAAUUUGUUAGCUCGGUUCGACUGAGAUCGCAUCUCAGCGAGAUCCAUCCGGAAACGGAUGAGCCGUCUGCUUUUGCCGACUCCAUAAAGUCCAGCUUUUGCCUGCUUAAACCAGGUGACGAUAUUCAAAAGGACAUGCUAAACCAGGAUGAGCUGGAAAUCACAGAAGAGCUGUCUCAACUUAAUGCCCAGGAGUUGUUAAGCACAGAAGUGAAUUGCAUGGAGGAAUCUCAGUCACAAACCUCUGAUAGUUUACUCAUACAGAAUUCAAAUGAAGGUUGUCCACAUACAGACAGCAUUAACGUUUGCCCGACCAAUGAGACGGACACUUCUCCAGUAACACAAACACAGGAGGUGGCUUGUGAGGAUGUCCAAGAAGAGUCACUUAAAGAAGAUAGCAGUGUAGCAGAAGGCCAAAUUCCUGCUAAAGAAAAGUUGCCUUCAGAAAGUAGUUUUGAGACUGAAAAAGCACAAACGCUCUCUGAGGAGCUCAUAUCAAAAGAUGCAGAGCCUCUUUCACCUCAUCAAAUUACAGAAGAGGCAAAAGUUCCACAAACUACAGCCGUUCUUAGUGGUGAGGAGGACUCCGGUCCGGAGCAGGAGGAAAAAUCUGCUUUCAAACAGAUUGUAGAGCAAAUGCAAAAAAGACAGCUUAACACGGAAGUGUUUGAACGGAUUCGGAAAGUUUAUGGUGACCUCGAAUGUGAAUACUGCGGUAAGCUUUUCUGGUAUCAGGUGCAUUACAACAUGCAUGUGCGAACUCACACCAGGGAACACCUUCAUUACUGUUCCCAGUGCAGUUAUUCUUCCAUCACUAAAAACUGCCUGAAGCGACAUGUUAUACAGAGACAUUCUGACAUUCUGCUUAACUGUCCCUCUGAAGGAUGCCAAUACUGUACGCCUGACAAGUACAAGCUUCAGGCUCAUCUCAAAACUCAUUCGGACAUUGUCAAGAAAAGUUUUACAUGCCCUGUUUGUCAGGAGUCAGUUUCAGAGGCUAAAGUGAGAACUCAUAUCAAAAAUAACCAUCCAGACGUGUCGAUGAACUACAUGUCGGAGACGCUGGGGAUACGUGUGCAUGUGAAGGGAGUGAUUGGGAAAAGAGCUUCCAAGUGUCCAUACUGUGACUGUUUCUUCACAAGGAAUGGGUCAGAUCUUCAGCAGCACAUAUGGGCCCAUGAAGGAUUGAAACCAUACAAGUGUUCGCUGUGUGAUUAUGCCUCAAGAAGUAAAAGCAACCUCAAGGCUCACAUGAACAGACACAGUACUGAGAAAACACAUCUUUGCGAUCUCUGUGGAAAAAAGUUCAAGUCUAAAUGCACGCUGAAAAGCCAUAAACUUAUGCACACAGCAGAUGGAAAACAGUUCAGAUGCACUGAGUGCGACUUCACAGCUGCCCAGCGGCCACAUCUCCUCCGUCACAUGGAGCAACAUGCCUCAUUCAAACCUUUCCGUUGUGCGCACUGCCACUAUUCAUGCAACAUUUCGGGCUCCUUAAAAAGACAUUACAACAAGAAGCAUCCCAACGUGCAAUAUACCAAUGCUGGAACAGGGACGGCCACUGAAGAAACUGUGAUUGAACAAGGUGGAGUGAAAUGUCCAGUGUGCAAUUACGUUUAUGGCACUAAAUGGGAAAUGAACAGACAUCUGAAAAGCAAACACGGUCUCAAAAUGGUGGAAUGUGACAGUCUGGGUCUAAAUCAGUGGGAGGUAGUGGAGUCAGUAGAGGAACCGGCCAUGCAGUAUCUUCAUAUAGCUGAGACUGAAGAUCCACAGGGAACAGAGACUGCUGUAUCAGCGCUGCAGGACCUGCGAUUCAACACACAGAAUGGUGUUGUGUCUGCAUCAGCGGGAGACAGACUAGACCAAACAUCAGUCAACAUCCUCCAGCAGAUAAUUGAACUGGGCUCAGAGAACCAUGAUGCCACUGUGGCAUCAGUGGUUACUAUGGCUCCUGGUACGGUUACUGUCGUAGAGCAGGUGUCGGAGGAGGAGCAGCAGCAGCAGACCGACCAUGCCAUGAUGAUCCAGGAUGCACUGCAGCAGGCAACGGUGGGCCUUGGAGAGGAGCACCAUCUAGUGGUGUCUUCGGAUGACAUGGAAGGCAUCAAAACGGUCACUGUAUACACACAGGGUGAAGAUGCGUCUCAGUUUAUAGUCUACGUUCAGGAAGCGGUUCAGGAGACUGUGCAAUCUGAGGAGUCCACCUCAGUUUAGUGAGUGUGCUGGUAAAACGCAUAGAAGUGUCCAAACUAAAACACUCUAGUAUACUUGUAUCGUUUUUGCUAUUAUGGUCAUACUUGUGGAUUAUAAGACCCAUUAAGAACAGGGACCUUGUUAUUGUUGUAGCCUUGUUAUUUGCGGAUCGUUGGGACCUCAUUUAGUGUACUAGCCAUUCCAAGGCAGUUCUUGAAUUGUUUUCUCCACAUUCACGACAUCUAUCUGAAGUAGUAGUCCGUUACAUAUGAAGCAGGUGUUUUUUUGUUUUUUGGUAUAUGAUUGUAAGAAUGUAUACUUCCAAUGGAGUUACUGUGUGACUCUGUUCAUCAACCUUUUGUAGAUUUUAUAUACAAAGCUCCCAUACAGUG